AUGCUUGAGCUUAUGGCCAUCAACAACGGCCAGAACGUCAAUACUGAAAAUUUUCUCCUGGGUGUGGGCGAGCGAGCGAAUAUCGUCUACAUGACCGACUUAGGCCUUGCGAUCUACCGCCAUCCUGAUCGGUGGGGAUCGAGUAGUACUCCUCGUGUUGAUAUACGAGCACGUCCUCCUCAAUAUGCGAGCAUCAACGGGCAUUUGGGCGUCGCACAAUCCCGGCGCGACGACUUGGAGGCACUCGGCUAUAUGCUAGUGUAUUUUAUGCGUGGGAGACUCCCUUGGCAAGGUCUCAAGGCGAAGCGGGAUGCUAAAUACCUGCUGGUUUCGGUGAAGAAGCAGGCAACCGGUGCGAGCGAACUCUGUGCUGGUCUCCCCACCGAAUUUGUUGACUACUUUAAUUAUGUGCAUGAUUUGCGCGAUGAGGAUCGGCCGGACUAUCAGUACCUCCGGAAGACAUUCACUAAGCUAUUCCACCGACAGGGAUUCGAAUACGACAACAUCUUUGACUGGACGAAUCGAGAAUUCCAGAGGCUAGGGCUUGACGCCGAAGAGCUACCUACAUCGAAUAGUGUUAACGAGAAGCGAGGAGUGGACACCGCGAAGCCAUGGGGUUGUGGAGUUCAGGAUGUGACCGAGGCGACUCGUGGAAGGAAGAGAUGA